UUUUCCUGUAAAAAUCAAAUAAAUAAUUUAAAAUAUUAAUGCCAGUUGCCCAAAACCAUACCCAUAUCUUCAAAGAGUUAUUUGCCGAGAUGUUGGCUAAUAAUGGAAGGUUCAAUAUGCUUUCUCCAGCUAAGAGAAAGCCAUUUACAGCUUAUGUGUAUACAUCAGUUCCCAAAUUCUUUGUUUCUGAUGGAAAUCAUUUCGUGACCACUUAUUUUACCAAAUCCUGUAUCGCGGAUUUUAAUAAAAAGUACCCAAAGAUAGGUUUGACUGAUUUGCAUGGUAAAUUCAUUACUAUUACCUCAUGGUCGCUGAACUUGAUCGAUGUUGAUUCAGAGAACAAUCCCUUGUCUUACUUGAAUAUGGAAAUCCAGCUCGUUAUUGAUGAACUCAAGCCUAACUUCUCAUCAAAGAUGACUUGUAACAGUUUCCUCGUCAACAUUUACAAAGACAACGAUGUGAAGCUUGACUUCGCAAUCUACAGACACUUCAGGAGCAAGGAAACAGCCACCAACACUUUCGACCAGGAGCUACCUGAGUACGAAGACUUGGAGGAGUCGAAGAGGACCACCAACAGACACAACAAGUGGAGGCUGGAGCAGGAGGAGUUGUCGCCUCAGGUCGACGAUCUGUAUGACUACGACGAACUUGUUAAGAAGGAAAUUCCUGAGCUCUCCACUAUCCAGAAGGAGGAAGUCAUAGAAUAUAUGAAGAAUGAAUAUUCUUCUCAAUAUGCUGGCUCAAAAGCUAAACUUGAGAAUAAAAAUAAAAUGAGAGAAGAGCCUCCUCUCAGAUUACAAACUCCUGAUGAUAUUAAGAAAGCUAUUGAGAAUAUUAUUAAGUUCCAAAAGAAGCCUGAGGUAAAGGACAUUAAGAACUCUAAGUUCAAGCCAAUGCAGGCUCCUCCCCCUGUAACUAAGAAGGCGGAAGUGAAGGCUGCUAGAAAGAAGCCUAUGACUAUUACUAAAUUCCAGGAAUAUAUAGGAUGGUAUGAGAAGCAGUCUAACUCAGGGAAGUUCUCCUCCAUGUCGAAGGGAAGUCUCAAGAAGCCUACACCUGCUCUUGGAAGGAGAUAGAUGGCGCCUAUUUUGCUAAAUUAAGAAUAUUAUCCUUAUCCCCGGUCUCUCUUUAGCUUUUU